AUGAAUCCAGUACAAAGGAGGCCUCGUAAAGGGUCGGCUAUUAAGCCUCAAUGUAUAUUAGAAAAGAAUGAUUGGCUAGAUGUAUUAGAUGCUGAUGGCGUAUGGAAUGUAGCACGAGUUUUGUCUGUUGUAUCACCCAAAAAGGUAAAAAUUACGUAUGAUGGGUGGCCAAAGGAUUACGAUGAAGUCGUAUCUAUCAAUAGUAAUCGUGUCGCACCUUAUCAUACGUAUACAUGGACGGUCAAGUGCUGGGUCAAGUAUCUUAAUUGGCCACUUUGGCCUUCCUUGAUUACAAUUCGAACACCAGGUACAAAAGCAGGUAUUACGAAUCUUGCAUCGGAGAAUCGACUUUUUGUGGAUUUUUUCGACAAACCAAAAUUUACAAAACGUGACAGGUGCUGGCAAAAAAAGACAAGAGUACAGGCAUUUGAUGAGAAGUUUGAUACAAAGCGGACGGGAUCAACUGGUGCGAGUUUUGAACGAGCAUUAGGAUGGAUGUUGCAAUCAACUGCAUCAACAACAAUGCCCAAGUUUGCGGUCGGUACUUUACCAGUGGAGUACAAGCAUAGUCCUGCAAAAUCUGUCGAGACCGUACGAAAAGAGAUUGACGACGAGCAAUGGUUUCGAAGAUUUAUGCAUAGCAAAAUGCGUCAUCAAAUGAAUCAUGUUUACGAAACAACCGGAUUCAAUGACGGCAAAGGAAGCACUGACAAAACGCCGUGUGUAGGACGGACCAAAUUGACUGCUAAGCAAAGGUUGUCAUCUGCUGGGGAGAUUGUCGGUGCGAAUGUGGACCAAUCAGCUGACAAUGACGAGGUAGAUGCAGCACAAAGUGUUGUUAAUCUUGCUCAACUCGAUAUAGCCCCAGAUCGUUCUGGAUCUGGCAACAGCACAAAACGGUCAAAAAAGAACGGCGUGAACUCUGACUCUGGCCCUAGCAGCUUUAAGUCGGGGGCAUCGAAAAUGCUUUCGAUGCAAUCCGAGGCGAUAAUCGAUCGUCAAAGCGGCGAUACCAAGAAAAAGAAAAUUGGGAUGGGACCAAGACAACAGCUCGUUGCUAGAAAAGGAGCAAGACAUGAACGGGCUGGACAAAGCGGCUGCAGCCUUUUGUUGGAGACGACAGGCAUCAGCAGAAAAAGAAUCACUGACGGGAGCAUAGCAGGAGCUGACUCUAGGGACUCAGCAGGGGCGAAUUCUUAUGUCGGAAAACAUUAUUCGACUUUGCUUGGUGCGGGUAAACGCCGCCGCAUCCACGAUGAUGGAUGCAGUCAGGAGCUUCGUAGGCGGUUCUGUGUAAUGCAAGCAGAUCAAGAAGAUGCAGAUGCCACCGAGACAGUAAAGUGUUCAAAAAAGACUAUCAUCAGUGUACCAAGAAAAUUUAACGAAGUCUCGGUACCUCAAAUACCGACUUGCUUUACUGACUCACUGGUCGGCAUGGCGCGACCACCUCAACUUCGCACUUUUGCUUCAAGUGUUCAGACUAAUACGGCGUUAGCUGCUCCGUCGACAGCAGUGUUCAGCUCGAGCAAUAACUUUUCAAUGGAGUCAUGGUUCAAGCGCAGGUUGAUGACCGAUUUCAUGGGCGGUGGAAUGUAA